GACAGAGCGGUACCGUCGCGAUCAGCCGAAAGUCGCGUAGUGCAUGAGUCGCAUGGAUAUCGUGCAGGAUCGCGUGUGGUGCCCUCACGUCAGUCAGUACAGUGGACUCGGAACGCGCGGUCGCGCGGCGCGUCGGUGCUUGUAGUUUUUUAGUUUUGACAGUUGGCGCGUUUUUUCGUUAUUUUGUUCAACUGGAUAUAUCUUGUGAAAAUCAUAGAUUUUAAGUUAGUGUAAUCUGUGUUUUUUUCUGUUAAUCUCAAGUGUUCCGACUAGUCGUUUGUGAAUUUUCCACGCCGGCUGUGAAUUGAGUGGUUAGCACGCCCUGUGUACUGUCGCCGUGUAGUGCACAAUUUUCUGUGAUUUCUCUUUGGGAAAUUGUUUUUUGGAGUUGUUUCAUCACUACCGACACGAAAGAGGUUGCAACCUGCAGCAUAAUAGGGACCCAUACGCUGCGGCGGAAAGACGGGUGCGACACGCACUCGUGAGCUAGAGGGUUGUCGGGCUUGGUGCGGGCGGCGGCCGCGAGCCCGGCACCAUGGCCACCGUGGAAGGGCGGCCGGCGCAGUAUGGCGUCUCGCUGCGGCAGCUGCGCGAGCUGAUGGAGUCGCGCGGCGCCGAGGGGAUGGCCAAGAUCAACGCGCUCGGCGGGCCGCAGGAGAUAUGCAAGAAACUAUACACUUCACCGACAGAUGGUCUUAGCGGUUCGAAGGCGGACCUGCAGCACCGGCGCGAAGUGUUCGGCUCGAAUCUGAUCCCGCCGAAGCCACCCAAGACUUUCCUCACCCUCGUCUGGGAGGCACUGCAGGACGUCACACUCAUCAUAUUGGAGGUUGCCGCCGUUGUUUCAUUAGGAUUGAGUUUCUACAAGCCGCCGGACGACCCAGCUGACACUGCGCAUCUGGACGAGGAGGAAGGCCACUACCAAUGGAUCGAAGGUUUAGCGAUUUUAAUAUCUGUCAUAGUCGUCGUCAUAGUAACAGCGUUCAACGAUUACACGAAAGAAAGGCAAUUCAGAGGGCUCCAGUCUCGGAUAGAAGGCGAGCACAAGUUCGCCGUGAUCCGAAGCGCGGAGGUGAAACAGAUACCGAUCAGCGACAUCGUUGUGGGCGACAUAUGUCAGAUAAAGUACGGUGACCUGCUGCCCGCGGACGGUAUACUGCUACAGAGCAACGACCUUAAGAUCGACGAAUCAUCAUUGACGGGCGAAUCGGACCAUGUCAAGAAGGGGGAGGCAUUUGAUCCCAUGGUGCUAUCCGGUACACACGUCAUGGAAGGUUCGGGCAAGAUGUUGGUCACCGCCGUGGGCGUCAACUCUCAAGCUGGUAUCAUUUUCACUCUCCUCGGUGCCGCGGUCGACAAGCAAGAGAAAGAGAUUAAACAAAUGAAAAAAGAAGCUAAAAAACAGCAACGAAAAGGAACCCAGCGCAAGAGCCUGUCCGGUGACGAGGAGCCGACGCUGCCCGCGUCCGGUAACAGCCACGGCGCGAACCACGCGCGGCCCGACGACAACCACGUGCCCGCGCCGACGACCGACAAGCCCGCGGAGACCUCGCACAAGAAGGAGAAGUCUGUGCUGCAGGCUAAACUCACCAAGCUCGCUAUACAGAUCGGAUACGCCGGCUCAACCAUCGCGGUCCUCACCGUGUUAAUACUAGUUAUACAGUUCUGCGUGCAAACGUUCGCCAUAGACAAGAAGCCGUGGAAGGCGACGUACAUCAACAACCUGGUGAAGCAUCUCAUCAUCGGUGUCACCGUGCUGGUGGUCGCCGUGCCCGAAGGUCUACCGCUCGCUGUCACUCUCUCGCUCGCUUAUUCCGUUAAGAAAAUGAUGAAAGACAACAACCUGGUAAGACAUUUGGACGCGUGCGAAACGAUGGGCAACGCCACCGCCAUCUGCUCGGACAAGACCGGCACACUCACUACGAACAGGAUGACGGUGGUGCAAUCUUACAUCUGUGAGAAACUGUGCAAAGUGACCCCUAACUACAGGGACAUACCGCAGGAGGUCGCCGAGACCAUGGUCGAGGGCAUAGCUGUCAACAGCGCUUUCACUUCUAGAAUUAUGCCGUCCCAAGACCCAACCGGGCCUCCGAUGCAAGUGGGCAACAAGACGGAAUGCGCGCUGCUCGGAUUUGUAGUAGCGCUGGGACAGAGCUACGAGCAUGUGCGAGAGAGACAUCCUGAGGAGUCCUUCACCAGGGUCUACACGUUCAACUCGGUGCGCAAGAGCAUGUCCACCGUCAUACCUUACAAAGGCGGAUACCGGCUGUACACCAAAGGAGCUUCCGAAAUCGUGCUUAAGAAAUGCGCAUUCAUCUACGGACACGAGGGUCGGCUGGAGAAGUUCACGCGCGACAUGCAGGAGCGGCUCGUGAGGCAGGUCAUCGAGCCCAUGGCCUGCGACGGCCUGAGGACCAUCUCCGUCGCCUACAGGGACUUCGUGCCCGGCAAGGCUGAGAUUAACCAGGUGCACAUAGACCAAGAGCCUAACUGGGACGACGAGGACAACAUAGUGAACAACCUGACCUGCUUGUGUGUAGUCGGCAUCGAGGAUCCUGUCAGACCAGAGGUACCAGAGGCGAUCAGAAAAUGCCAGAAAGCCGGCAUCACGGUGCGCAUGGUGACUGGAGACAACGUCAACACUGCCAGAUCUAUUGCGGUCAAGUGCGGCAUACUGAAGCCGACCGACGAUUUCCUCAUACUCGAAGGCAAGGAGUUCAACAGGCGGAUCAGGGACGCUAAUGGAGAGGUUCAACAACACCUAGUGGAUAAAGUGUGGCCGAAGCUGCGCGUGCUGGCGCGUUCGUCGCCCACGGACAAGUACACGCUCGUGAAGGGCAUGAUCGAGUCCAAGGCCUUCGACACGCGCGAGGUGGUCGCCGUGACGGGCGACGGCACCAACGACGGGCCCGCGCUGAAGAAGGCCGACGUCGGUUUUGCUAUGGGUAUCGCCGGCACGGACGUAGCCAAGGAAGCGUCUGACAUCAUCCUCACGGACGACAACUUCUCGUCGAUCGUGAAGGCGGUGAUGUGGGGCCGCAACGUGUACGACUCGAUCGCGAAGUUCCUCCAGUUCCAGCUGACCGUCAACGUGGUCGCUGUCAUCGUGGCCUUCAUCGGCGCUUGCGCUAUACAGGACAGUCCUCUUAAGGCAGUACAAAUGUUAUGGGUGAACCUGAUCAUGGACACGCUAGCGUCCCUGGCGCUGGCGACGGAGAUGCCCACGCCGGACCUGCUGCAGCGCAAGCCGUACGGACGCACCAAGCCGCUCAUCAGCCGCACCAUGAUGAAGAACAUCCUCGGACAGGCCAUCUAUCAGCUGUUCAUUAUUUUCUCGUUGCUGUUUGUGGGCGACAGAAUCCUGAACAUCCCGUCGGGUCGCGGACAGCCGCUCGGCGCUGAGCCCACGCAGCACUUUACCAUAAUCUUCAACACGUUUGUAAUGAUGACCCUGUUCAACGAGAUCAACGCGCGAAAGAUUCACGGCCAGAGGAAUGUGUUCCAGGGACUGUUCACCAACCCUAUAUUCUAUUCUAUAUGGAUCGGCACUGCCCUUUCCCAGGUGGUUAUAAUUCAGUUUGGCGGCAUGGCGUUCAGCACGGCAGGCCUGUCGAUAGACCAGUGGCUGUGGUGCCUGUUCUUCGGCGCCGGCACGCUGGUGUGGGGACAGCUCGUCACCACCGUGCCAACCAGGAAGAUACCCAAGACGCUCACUUGGGGCCGCGGUCAGCCGGACCCCGAGACGAUCCAGCCCGGGCCCGACUACGACGCGGACCUCGACAAGAAGCCGCGCGCCGGACAGAUCCUAUGGAUCAGGGGCCUCACUCGGCUUCAGACGCAGCUGCGCGUGGUGCGUGCGUUCAAGUCGACGCUGGAGGACCUGGAGGAGCGGCUGUCGGCUCACUCGGCGGCGGGGCUGCGCUCUCGUCUGCGCGCUCCGCCUCAGGACAUCGCGUACAUCGACGCGGACGACGUGCCGUCGGCCACGCCGGCCACCCGCACUGAGACCACCAUAUUCUAGCCGCCGCCCGCCACCGCCCGCCGCACCGCCGCGUCACCCCGCGUCACACUGCGUCACCCCGCGUCACAUCGCGUCACCCCGCGCGAACGUACUUAACGUAACCUCCGCGUGAUCUCGCCGCGGCUCAGUCCUCGAUUCUGUCUCGAACGCGUUUGCGCUUUAACGAUUCGUCGAGUCUUAAUGUUAGACGUUAAGAUAUUUUAUUAAGUGUUGAAAAUUUUAUUAGAGCUAGUAUAGUGGAUAGCAAUAAAGCUGUUAGAUGAGUUUAGAGGCCCGACGUUAGACCUCCCGAACCGAUUUGUGCCUGCAGCGGUCGCGCGGGCGCUCGCCGGCGCCUCGCCGAUACAACCCUGUUACUCUGUUGAUGUUGCGAUACACAUAUGUUUGGAUACUUUAUAGCUGACGACAGACGUACGUCACACGUAGGACGUUAUGUUGUUAUCUCUCGGCACCUGCGACGGUACCGCGAACAACACUGCUAUUUUAGAGAGAAACGUAUUUGUACAUACGAGUGUUAGAGAGAUGUCUUUAACGUUUAUGUAUAUCGGAGCAGUGAUAUUUUGUAUAGUUAGCUAUACGGAGCACGACGUGAAUACACGGCCUCCAAAACUUCAUUACUAUUAACUUUUUAACUCUUAGACUUGAGAUUUUACUAAAAGUAAACUUUAUUAAAUGAAUUUCAAACUUAGCUUUUUGUGUAAUAGUUUUAUCGAUCGUAUCGAUACAAUGAGGGUACUUAGUCGGCAGCUUGUGUUAUCUUUCAUAGUAAAUUUUGGGACCACUUUAAACCCUUCGCCGACUCAUGCAGGGACAUUAGAACUACGUUCGCAGUUACUGAAUUUUAACUAAAUUUUUAUCUAUAAAACAUUACUAUUCUAUCUUUAACUAAUCUAACGUAUAUGCCUAAAGUUUAGUAUGGACGAGACACUACGCUUUACUAAAACAUCAAAAUAAGAGCUCUAACGAAAAAAAAAUACAAAAAAGUGUAUUGUCUAACACAAUUAUGAUGAAUAACAUUGUUUUGCGAAUGUUACGAAAACUAUUUACAUUGAAAUAAAUUUUAAAGCAAAUUUGUUUAGCAUUUUCUUUCGCCACUCGUGUGUGUUAUGGUGGGGGCCGCCGAUUUUUAGCAUAAUCGCUCUAUUUCAGAUGUUGACGGUAAGUUUAGGUCUGACGCGCAUAGGGAGUUAAUUUGUAAGUAUGUUAGAGGCCGGAUACAGUAUGUAGGUACACGAUACGAGUUAUGUGACUAGAGCAUGACCAGAGUGGUGUCUGCACGUAGCCUAAUCUUCGGUACAUACUCCGAGGCGGCUUGAAUCUUGUCCAUUGCGAAUGAGAUCCGGUCAACCAACCGCCUCCGACGCGGAGCUAUUUAUGUAAAAGCAUGCGUGUUCGCUUCACAAUCGUACAGGAUUCAGUUAGCCACGAUAAUUAUCACGAUCACCUCAUAUUGCAAGGUGGGAUCACGAGCGGCCAUUUUGUGAACACGCGUCGAUAACAAAAUGGCGGCAUCGCUUAGAUUGUAAGUAAUGAGUAUAUAUUGAAGGAAAUGUAUAUUUUUGGUACAAAACGUUGUUUCUUUUUGUUGUUUUUUUUUUUUUAUUAUGAUAUUUUUUUUGUUCAAUUUUGCUUCGCAUUUACAGUGUGACCAAGCUUAUGUUACAGUGUUAUGCAUGUAUUACAGAUGUAUGUGAGUAUGCACAAUUUGUAUUUUUUCCUUUUUUUAUAAUUUUAAAAUAGAUUGAUGUUUGUUAUAGAGUUUCUGAUAAUAUGCACUUACAUUGAUGUGUUAUCGGAGGCUCGCGUAAGGGUUUUACGAAUUUUUGUGUUCAAUUUUUUUUUUGUCAGUAUAGCGCAAUAAAGCCAUCAUAGUAACUUACAUAUCCAAACUUUAACACUGCAUAGUAUAUAAGCUAAUAAAAUAAACAAAUAAAUUCAUUAAAUACACAUAAAAUUAUCUCCAAUAAUUACACCAAAAUUAGGUAAGGUAUAUACUAAAAUUACUCCAAAAACGGCUUCAUUUUUUUUUAUAAACUUAAUUUCGUUUUACUCGGUUGUGUAUGUACUUAUUUUGAUAAGUUGAUUUCGUAAUUUUAUAAUUUAUUUUUGAUUUCUUAUGUAAAGGUAACAUUGUUAAAAUACAUACUUAACCGGCACUAUAAAGUAACAUUCUAAUAUUAAAGGUUUCAUUUUAAUAAAAGUAUUUAUUUGACGAAC